AUAAUAUUAGAAUAAUUAAAAUAUUGAAACCAACUUGGCCCAAUCACAACGCAACCCGACUGGUCCGUCUCGAUGCAAAGAGGAGAUCAGGAGAGAUCGACAGAAGGAUCUGAUCGUAUACUCCUCGAGUAAAGUAGGAAAAAAGAGAUCGAGAAGAAGAAGAAGAAGAAGAAAACAUGUUGCAGUGCAUUUUCCUUCUUUCUGAUUCUGGGGAGGUAAUGCUAGAGAAACAGCUCACUGGGCACCGUGUCGACAGGUCAAUAUGUGAUUGGUUCUGGGAACAAUCAAUCUCUCAAGGUGAUUCUUUCAAGCAUUUGCCUGUGAUUGCUUCACCCACACAUUACCUUUUCCAAGUUGUACGUGAGGGGAUCACAUUCCUAGCUUGCACACAAGUUGAAAUGCCUCCUCUAAUGGCAAUUGAGUUCCUUUGCAGAGUAGCUGAUAUCUUUUCUGAUUACCUUGGUGGGUUAAAUGAAGAUUUGGUGAAAGAUAACUUUGUUAUUGCAUAUGAGCUUUUGGAUGAGAUGAUAGACAAUGGUUUUCCUCUUACAACAGAACCUAAUAUACUGAGGGAGAUGAUAGCUCCUCCAAAUAUUGUUAGCAAAAUGUUGAGUGUUGUAACUGGAAGCAGUUCCAAUGUCAGCAACACUCUUCCUGGUGCAACAGCAACCUGCGUUCCUUGGAGGAAAACAGACUUGAAACAUACAAGCAAUGAAGUUUAUGUUAACCUCGUUGAAGAGAUGGAUGCUAUUAUUAACAAGGAAGGAACUCUUGUAAAAUGUGAGGUUUAUGGUGAAAUUGAAGUUAACUCUCAACUUUCUGGUAUUCCUGAUCUUACUCUUUCAUUUGCAAAUCCAUCCAUCUUGAACGAUGUGCAAUUCCAUCCUUGUGUUCGUCUACGACCAUGGGAAUCAAACCAAAUUUUGUCGUUUGUUCCUCCUGAUGGACAUUUCAAGCUAACAAGCUACAGAGUCAAGAAGUUGAAAAGUACUCCCUUAUAUGUGAAGCCACAGCUCAGUUCAGACUCUGGAACAUGCCGAAUUAGUUUGCUAGUUGGAAUUAAAAAUGAUCCAGGAAAGCCAAUAGAUGAAGUGAGUGUGCAAUUUCAGCUCCCUAAUUGUGUUUUAUCUGCAGAUCUUUCUUCAAAUCUUGGAACAGUUAACAUCCUCACCGAUAAGACCUGCUGUUGGUCUAUCGGAAGGAUCCCAAAAGAUAAAUCCCCGUCAUUGUCUGGGACCUUAGUGCUCGAGUCUGGUCUAAAGCGGCUUCAUGUAUUCCCUACUUUUCGCUUGGGAUUCAAAAUAAUGGGUACUGCUCUUUCUGGCCUUAAAAUAGACAAACUGGAUAUCGGGAAUCUCCCUACACGCCCUUACAAAGGUUUCCGGGCUCUAACCCGAGCAGGAGAGUAUCAAGUAAGAUCUUAAUCGAACGAAGCUUUGAAGAUUCAUUUCAAAUUUCUCGCUAUUUCUCUCAGCCUGACUACUGUAAUACCAUUUGUGUUUUCAUACUUUGCUUCUGGUGGAGUAAACAUCUUUCAAUGGUGUUUUAUAAUCACUUCCUGUAAAUUUUCUGUAAGGACGAGAUACAAUUUUAAAUCAGACAUGUAAGUAAGCUUUUGUAAACUUGAUUUUGGUAACGCGGAUGGUUUCAACUUUCAGUGUUUUCAUCAUAA